AUGUUUCGCUAUUUCUUAAUCCUCGUUAUUAUCCCGGCUAUUACUUCAUUACAAAUCGUCAAAAAAUGGCAAUUUGAAAGGGCGAACGAUUGGGAUGUGUGCGAAGUCGACUACGAUGAGAAGAAGCAAAUUCUGAAGCUAGAUUGUGUUAAUGAGAGAUGGGACCGAUAUCGGGAAUGUGUUUUUCCGAUAGCUUCUUAUGACGAGUGUUUGUGUCACAAAAUUGAAUGUAUUAAUGGGCUAUCUAGGCAAUUUGGACUCGUUUUUGAUGGCUACUACCAAAAAGCUCCUUCACCACUACGUUCUGCACCUGUGGAUACUACUAUAGAAAUCGAAAUUCCCAUCGAAGAUAUUUAUUUCGAGGACGCCGAGGAGCCUAGUGAAGCUGGUGGUGGGACGCAUGGGGCUGUAGCCAUUCUAUCUUACGUAUCGGCUACAAUAGCUUGGUUCGCGAGAAAUCGGGUGCAUAUUGGCAGUUUUUUGUGGUGCUCGACG